AUGCUUGUGGCGCUCUAUGCGAAAGACCUCUCGGUGCUGCAGCUGCUGUCAGCCCUGGACUCGUUUGCCAGCUUGGGCUUGCCCUACCACCUCCUGUUCGAGUCGGUGCUGGUCGAGCUGCUGCAGAGGAAGCAGUUGAGCUGGCAGCAGGCCAUCGCUGUUAUGGAGUCCUUCGCAGCGGUGCGCUUGCGCAUCCCAGAGCUCUCACAGAUUUACGGCCGCUUGCGGCGGCAGCAGGAGCUGGCACGCCUGCCCACUAUGGGCAUGGUGCGCUUCCUCUACGCUGCCACACGCCUGGAUCUCACGGACCAGGCUGGCCUGGAUGUGAGGGAGAUGAUCAGCAGGAUCCUGGCAGAGACCUCGCCUUAUCGGGCCUUGCCGCUUGAGGACACCGUCGCCAUCAUCCAGAGCCUCCUGCUCUCGGGAACAGUGCCUCCGGACAUGCAGCUGAGACACCUCCUCAGCUGGACUGCGGACAUGCGCCCAAGGCAGCUGUCUGAGGAGAGCCUCACAGUACUGCGGCACUACAGCUUCUUCAUCUUGGCCCAGGCGGACGCGAAGGCUCGGGGCAGCCUGCAGCGCAUGCCGGUGGAAAUUCAGACCCAGAUCUCCGAGCUCUUGUGCCACCGGUCGCCCUGCUGGACCAAUCCCAUCACGGACCUCACGCGGACGAUGCGGUCCGAGGUCUCCGAGCUGCUGGAAUCCGUCCCAGGCGUCGAGCACGGGGUGUCCCUGGGCCCUGCAGGGCUAGCGGAGCUCGAGGUCGACGGGGCUCUGUGGCUGCUGGAUGGGCCGGAGGCCUUCUUUCGGCCCUUCGCCGAGCUGAGGUACACGCCGCAGGAGAGGCAGCGACAUUGGCUGCUGGAGCGGCUCCUGAGCAGCGACGUCGCGCGCAGGUCCAUUGCGGACUUCUACCCGCCGGCAUUGGACUGGCCAAAGAAGCGAGGGCCAAUGCGGCUCAACUGGCAGCAGUGGAGCCAAGCGGGCCCUGAGGCGCGGCGCAGGCUGCUGGGCCUAGGCGAAGAGCACGUGGUGCAGCCCGGCCUUCGGGCAGGACUGUUUGAGGUACUUGUCCUCGUCUAUGACAAGGAGCUGCAACUCAUUUGGUGCGUGCUGCAGGCCAUGCUGCUUGACUGGCUGGAGGAUUGGCUGGCGCCCUGCUGCAUGACAGGGCCUUGCUUCAACUGCAAUCCCGGAAAGUCACAGAAGCAGCCGUUGCUGCGGACGCUGCGGAGCCCCGGCCACGAGGUGGAGCUGGCAGUGUCUCCCCUCGGCAGUUUGCGGGGCCUGGGGGGCUACCACACCUCCGUGCUCAUCGGGGGUGAGGAGUACUACUUCAGCCCCACCGGCCUUCACUGCAGCUCCAAGGUGCACAGCCACCCGGAAGGGGUUAUGGUUCGCGUCUUUGUGGGCGAGAGCGCAGCGAGCGGCGCGGAGCUCUUGGCCUUCUUCUCGGAGCACUUCCAGGAGGGCAGCUACGACCUGCUGCGGAAGAACUGCAAUGCGUUCACCGACUGCGCGCUGUAUUUCCUGUGCGAGCAGCGGCUGGACCUGCGGUAUCGCGCAAUAGAGAGACUCGCGUGGCUCGCCGACGACAAGACAGGAAUCCUGCAGUCGAUCACCAAGGGCGAGUACAAGCCCAAUCCAGCGGCCGAGGACUUCGACGCCGAGGCCAUCCUGCAGGACAUCGAUGCAGCGCGCUGGGAGGGCAGCGAGAUCAGCCAGGAUCCCGUAGAAGUUACCGAGGUGAUUCCAGUGGACUCCAGCGGGUACGAUCUCCAGGAUCCUGGUGAAAUGGUGGUGCAGCGACUUUGA